UUCUGUCAAUGAAUGUCAGUGAUUGUUGUCCUGUCAUGCGUGUCUGUCAUCUCUAGUUUUCUUGACUAUUUUAAUUAAUUUAUUUGUUGUCAAGUGGAGGAGGGAAUGAGUGAGGAGUGUUCAACGUAAUUCAUUAUGUAGAUUAUCAAACAUUACCGUCCAUUGUUCGCACAGAGUUCACAGGAGAAACGAUAAAAAGUUUAUUGGGGAUUCUCACGGAAUCAGAAGAAAGUUGACGUGAAAGGUUUCUGCUGUAUUAUGAAUGGUGCUGUCGUUCUAAAGCUGGUGUCAUCACCAUGUCGCUCGUGUCGUGCUAACAUAUAAUAAAAUAUUAUUACGUUACGCUAACGUAACUGGUGUUGUUUUACUUCAACUUCUGUAAAUAAAAAGUGGAAAAGUUUGAAAAGUCUCAAUAACUUUUUAUACCGUCAUUACACACCAGCCGCACCAGCAAUGGCCGGGUUCCAGACGAGUGACACAAUGCCCAAGUUCGGCCACGUGACGGACUUACGAGAGCAAUGGCUCGUGCGUGCUGAUGGGGCGCUGGCGCACCGUCUACAGGAUCGAGAAAUCUCAUCCCAUCUGUGCGAAAAUAGAUAUCGCAAUCAGCAGAUUCGUGAGGACUUCCCAAUAGCCCUUAAUGAACAACGAGACAUAGAGCACGAAGUCCACUUGAGAGAACUUACUCGACGGCGACAGGCCGAAAUUGAUGCAGAAAUAGCACGAGAGAUGGCUGAAAUUAAUCUGCGCAGGCAACGUCGCCAGCGCUCCAGUGACAUGUUGCAACAACCCAGCUCGUCCCGCGCCGCGCCCCCGGCGCCACUUCCUGUCACUUCUGUUCCAAGUGAAGAUAUCAAUCCAGAAGAGCUUGGUCUGUCUCCAACUGAACUUGAAGAAAUGAGAAGACGACUGGAACAAGAAGAGAAAGAUGCCAGGCUCGCUAGGGAACUGAGCCAUGAAGACAACAACCAAGAUGCUCUAUUGGCUGACAUGAGAUGUGCAGUAGAAGCUCAAGAUGGUGAGUUGGCAAGAUUGUUGCAAGAGAGAGAAUACAAAAAACUUCAGAGAGCCAAGGAGAAGGCAAGACAGAAGGCUUUGCUAAAAAAACAGCAGAGAAUGGCUGCCCAGCAACAAGGCCAAGCACCACAGGUAGACAGUGAAGCCAGUUCUACUCCACAGGCAACACUGUGUGAUGCCUACAGUAACCCUCGAGAUAUGAUCCGCGAGAACCGACUCAGACUGUGCAAAUCUGUUGAUUCUGAUUUGCAUUAUGUUGAACCAUUUGAAAAAGAAUCCAUUCAAUCUAAAGCCAGUGCCUUGCAAUCCUUGGAGAUGUCAAAUCAGUAUUACACUCGACAACCUGAGGCUGGAACUUCAGGCAGUAAUUUGUCCCACUCCCACUCGCAAUCUAUUGAAGAUAAAAAGGUACCCAGUAAUCAGAGUUCAGUGCAACACCGACAGCCUCCCCCUCCACCGACAACUAGCAAGAAGCCUCGUUUUCCAGACCCAGUGAGCAUCAGACCAGCCUCACACUACUCCACUGAGCAGACGGUGCCUGAAAGUAUCCCUCCUCACAACAUGGCUCACAGCUACAGUGAAAACAACAACCUGUACAGUUGUACAUACCCGCCAGACAUCAACCCGCCACACAUGGCAUCGGACAGACAUGACAACAAUAAGAGGCUCUCUGUUAUAUCAGACAUCAGUGCUGAAGGUCUGGCAAAAAAGAAAAGUAAACAAGCUGACAUGAAUAAGAAAAGAAGGGGUUGCAAAAUACAGUGAGUUUGUGAAGGUGGUCUCAUACAAAGAAGUGAAAAGCCUUUUAAAGAUGUGCAAUUUAAUAGUGGAGUGAAUGAUAAUAGGGUAGAGUAUAUUGAUGAUGGGAUUGUGUGAUUGGAGUUGUAGCUGAUCUUUUGUGUUCGUAUUUUAUUGGAUGACAGUUACACCUAUCAACAAUUCAGCUCAAAAACCUUUUUUAUAAAGUACCUAGUUGUAGUUGUAGCACAGUAAGUUACAUUUUAUUAACAUUGUUUUUGAUAUUUGAUUUCGAUUGAUAUUUUUUCUAUACACUUAAAUAAUUAUUAUUUAUUAUUACUUAUAUUUUAAGCUCUGCUAUAUCAUUCAUAUAUUUAAGUCAGGUGUGGUACUUAACAAUCACUGGGCAUUAAGGACUUACCUUUAAGUAGGUACUUGACUCAUUACAGAUAAUGUCAAAUGGAUGUGCCAUUGGCUAUUACUGUAGAUAAAAUUAGAUUACUAAUAACAUUAUUUUAAAUGUUACCAAGGUCUAUUUUCCGAAACAAGACUACAUAAGAAGUAUUAGUUAACUUUUUUGUGUCUAUAUCAAAACAGUAAUAGUUAUUAAAUCACUGAAUUGGUAGACAUGAUUCAUCUGACUCCACAUACCAGUACUAUGAAUCACAGCCACAGGCACUUAAAUAGGUUUGAUAUUGCAGAGUAGGUGCAGUUGUCAGCUCAUUAGUGGUGUAUAGUGCUGCCACUAAGUUGCUGUCAACUAUUUACUUGCAGCAGUACCUGCAGAAACCAAUGAGCCAUUUAAAUCUAAGGUCAGAUUGUGCCUAUGGGUACUAACAUAAAGGGGCAGGUUGCCAAUAUGAAUGGUACUGAUGACUACAAGCCAGGAUCAACGUUGUAGUAGCACCUAGUUGUUUAUGAAUGAAUGCAUAAGAUAAAAUAGACAUGAAUGCCUGUUUCCUUAUGUUAAUACCCAUUGUCUAGAUGUAAGUGCAGACAUUCCAAUAGUAAUUUAUUUUUAUGUAUGGGUACUUAUUUACUAAAUAGUCAUUAAGAAAUUAUAUAUUUUAAACUCUAUAUUUAUCAAAAAUAGUUUACUAAAUUAUAAUAUUCAAGAUGAUCCAAAACUUGUAAAAUCUCAAUAAAUCUCAAAUAUAUUCAUUUGAAGGAUAAAUAGGUACAAAAUAAUAAAUUCAGUGGGUCCAUGACAAAUAAGACAAUAUAAUUAAUGUUGAUUAUUUUCCAAAUUUUUUAAUUAUUUAGAUAUACAUAGAAUGAUUAAGUUUCUAAGAUCAUCAAAUAAAUCUCUUAUUUCGUAAGUACUUAAUAUCUGUAUGUAAGACUGAUUUUAAAAUGACCAGUAAUCACAUAUGUAGUGCCCAUUUGGUGCUUUUGUGGAAUUUCUUCCACCAUUCUUAUUAUAAUUUUUCAUAAAUAUUUUUGGUAUUAAGGUGAGAUUAUUCGCAAAUGCAAAAGUGUGUUAGAAAAUAUUUAUAAUAAUUGCUUUCUCAGUGACUUUCUCCAACACAAAGAUGAGUAUGCAAGUCACGGCGAGUCGCGAAUGACAUCACAUUAGAAGAAAGGUCAUUCACACACUCGCAUAACGUAUCUACAUGGAUAAUGGUACAUAUUGUGUUCCAUUCAACCAUUUAAAAAAAAACUUUUCCUUGGACAACAUCAUUGUUAUGUAACUGUUACAAUAUUCUAAUUUCUAAUCGGUGGUUUGGCUAAAUAUACGCUACUACCUACUGCGCUCAUUAUUCUAUUAUUUGGCUUUCUUGAAUACAUUGUUUUAGAUAAUAAUGUGUUGUUUUCAAAAUCUUUACUUAUAAAGAUUGGAAGUUUGUCUUAUUUUUAUAAAGAAAAUCAUUGUUUGUUAUUACAAUGUUUACUAUUGUAUUACGUAAUUUCUACUGGAAUGUAAAGAAUCUCCGUUGAAUAAAGACGUUGUAGGUCGCGCGUGCGUCGUGUAGAUGAUUAAAGAAUGAGAAAUAAUUACACUUAUAAGCAUUAAUAUUAUAUUUUUAAUUUGAUGAUUGAUCCUGAUAUUAAGGAUAGAUACUUUUUAGUACAGAAUAACAACAAAUUGCAAAUUAAAAACAUCCUAUUCAGUGGCGUAACUACAGGGUGGCAAGUCGGCAAAUUCCCAUCUGGACUUCUAUAUUUUAUAUUUGAUAGGUCUCAGCUUCGAUGGGUUUGCUACGAACCUCCCGAAGUAAGUAUAGUUACGCCAUUGAUCCUACAGAAAUAUCAUAUAAAAUAUAUAAUUACAAACAGCCUGUCACAAGUUUAGAAACUCAUUUAUGUUUAUUUAUAAGCUAAAUAUAAUAUUUAGUGUUCUUAGUUAUUACUAAUGAUUACGUACUUAAUAAUUAAGAAUAAGCUUUAAUCGCAAUGUAUGGCCUUGAUCGUGCCUUAGUAGUGGAACUGAACCAAACUCUUAUAUUUAUAAACUGUAUUUUAAUGUUAUUUUUAAUUUAGUAAACAUAAAAUUAGUCUAUAGUUUAUACUUACGACUUAUGGCUGAUUAUUUCAAGUUGCUCAAGUGUGAAGUCAAGCGAAGUCGCAACGCUUCACCUCGUAAUUAAAAUUAGUAGGUGUCUGAUAGAUCGGCACCUACCUUUAACAUGAACAAACCCAUCUGCACUGUAUCCGAAUACAUAAACGUAAAUAAAACGUAUGGUAAAAUCUUA